CCUCCCCUUUCCCCCCUUCUCUAAUUUUUUUCUGCGUUGCAAAUUCUUCAUUGUUAAUUGCCUUGAUACCCCUCACUAAACCUUUUUCUACUGACGUUCAUUUCACACAAACUUCGAGAUGUAUGUUGUGAAACGAGACAACCGUAAGGAACGCGUCCAGUUUGACAAAAUUACUGCUCGUGUUUCCCGUCUCUGCUACGGCCUUGACAGCGAACAUGUUGAUGCAGCUACCAUUACCCAGAAGGUCAUUUCCGGAGUUUAUCAGGGUGUUACUACUAUCGAGCUAGACAAUUUGGCAGCGGAAACCGCCGCAUAUAUGACUGUCACUCACCCAGACUACGCCAUUCUUGCAGCUAGAAUUGCUGUUAGCAAUCUUCACAAGCAGACGAAGAAGCAGUUUUCUCAGGUCAUUAGCGAUUUGUAUCACUAUGUCAACCCUAAAAACGGUCGUCCUGCCUCGAUGAUUUCGACUGAAACUUACGAGACCGUCAUGCGCCAUGCGUCCGAGUUGGAUUCUGCCAUUAUCUACGAUAAGGAUUUUAACUACAAUUACUUUGGCUUCAAAACUUUGGAGCGUUCGUACCUUCUUCGCAUCAAUGGAAAAGUUGCUGAGCGUCCUCAGCAUAUGCUUAUGCGUGUGGCUGUCGGAAUUCAUGGAGAGGAUGUCGACAAGGUUAUCGAGACAUAUAACCUCACGUCUUCAAAGUAUUUUACCCAUGCUUCGCCUACUCUCUUCAAUGCAGGCACACCAUCGCCUCAACUCUCGUCCUGUUUCUUGGUUACUAUGAAAGGGGACUCGAUUGAUGGUAUUUACGAUACCCUUAAGACCUGUGCUAUGAUUUCAAAAACUGCUGGCGGUAUUGGACUCAACAUUCACUGCAUUCGUGCUACUGGUUCCUAUAUUGCCGGGACCAAUGGUAGUUCUAACGGCAUUGUGCCAAUGUUAAGAGUGUUUAAUCAUACCGCCAGGUAUGUUGACCAGGGAGGCAACAAGAGACCCGGGGCCUUUGCUAUCUACAUGGAGCCAUGGCACGCGGAUAUAUUCGAUUUCAUUGACUUGAGGAAGAAUCAUGGCAAGGAAGAGGUUCGCGCAAGAGAUUUGUUCUACGCUCUUUGGAUCCCUGAUCUAUUCAUGAAGAGAGUUGAGGCAAAUGCCGAGUGGAGCCUCUUUUGUCCUAAUGAAGCCCCAGGUUUGGCCGACGUUUGGGGUGAAGAAUUCGAGGCUCUCUAUAACAAAUAUGAGAAUACUAAAGACCUUGCUCGCAAGACCAUCAAAGCGCAAAAACUCUGGUAUCACAUUCUCGAAGCCCAAACUGAGACUGGCAACCCUUUCAUGCUCUACAAGGACGCAUGUAACCGCAAAUCCAACCAGCAGAACUUGGGAACCAUUAGAUCGUCCAAUCUCUGUACCGAGAUUGUGGAGUAUAGUGCACCUGAUGAGGUCGCAGUUUGUAAUUUGGCAUCGUUGGCCUUGCCUACAUAUGUUGAUGUUCAGAGGGGCGAGUACGAUUUCGCCAAGUUGCACGAGGUGACCAAGGUCGUCAUCAAAAACCUCAACAAGAUCAUCGAUGUCAACUUCUAUCCCGUCCCUGAGGCUAGGAAAAGUAACACGAGGCAUAGACCUGUUGGUGUUGGUGUUCAAGGUCUUGCUGAUGCUUUCUUGGCUCUCCGUAUGCCAUUCGAGUCGCCUCAGGCGAAGCAACUUAACAUCCAGAUUUUCGAGACUAUUUAUCAUGCUGCUGUUGAAGCUUCUACUGAGUUGGCUGAGAUCCAGGGCCCCUACCCCACCUACGAAGGUUCUCCGGCUUCGAAAGGCCAGCUUCAAUAUGAUCUCUGGAAUGUCACCCCCACUGAAUUGUGGGAUUGGGAUGAGUUGAAAGAGAAGGUCAAAAAGCACGGCCUCCGUAAUUCCCUUCUUGUGGCUCCUAUGCCCACCGCUUCGACCUCUCAGAUCUUGGGAUUCAACGAGUGUUUUGAGCCUUAUACCUCGAACAUUUAUUCCCGUCGAGUUUUGGCUGGCGAGUUUCAAAUUGUCAACCCUUGGUUGUUGAAGGAUCUCGUUGACAUGGGAUUGUGGAGCGAUAACAUGAAGAAUCGUAUCAUUGCGGAGAAUGGCAGUAUCCAGAAUAUCCCGAAUAUUCCGGAUGAUAUCAAAGCUCUUUACAAGACCGUUUGGGAAAUCUCUCAGAAGAAGGUUAUUGAGGUAUGUGGUGCCUUUAUCGAUCAAUCACAAUCUCUCAAUAUCCAUAUCCAGAACCCCACCAUGGGGAAACUGACUUCCAUGCACUUUUAUGGUUGGAGACUGGGAUUGAAGACUGGAAUGUACUAUCUUCGCACUCAGGCGGCUGCGGCCGCAAUUCAAUUUACUGUCGACCAGGAAGCACUUAAAGUUGCCGAUACGAAUGUGGCACGUGCCCUUCCUAACAAGAAGCGUCUCCCAAACACUGGCUACUCUUCUACGGCUGCUAUUCCUCGCCCGUUGGGCGCCUCCACUUCUCCUGAUUCUUCGCCGAGUCCAAGUACUCUAAAAUCGGCGUCUAACGGCAUUAACACGCCAGUUGUUGUACCUCGCGUUAAGUCUGAACCUUCUCCCAAGUUGCUUGUUACUGAACCUCCUGCCGUGGCCGAUGAGAUUGAGGAAUUGGAAAAGAAGAAACCUCAAGAUGAAGACAGUCAGUGCCUCAAUGAGGAGCGCGAAGGAGACAUCUAUGCAGAUGCUGUUCUCAGCUGUAGUAUUGAGAACAAGGAGGAGUGUAUGAUGUGCUCUGGUUAGAUUGUGCAAUUUUCUUUGCCAAUGACCUAUCACAGGGAGCAGGGGUGUUUAUGGCGCAAAUGAUUCCAAUUGUAAUGAAGGUUACGCUUACGGGGAACGUCUUAUGUUAGCUAAUUGUCUUCGUAUUCACAUUUU